AUGUCUUCUAUCACAACGGUGCCUUCGAUAUCGAAGAAAGUAUCUCCGCGAUUUUACACCCCAGCUGAAGUCAAGAAACACGAUACUCCCGAAGAUCUUUGGAUGAUUUUCUACAAUAAAGUCUACGACGUAACAUCAUUUGCUGCUGACCAUCCUGGAGGAGUAGAAGUGCUCUUUGAUUGUGGAGGAGUUGAUGCCUCCGAAGCUUUUGAAGAUGUAGCUCAUUCUGACGACGCUGUUAACAUGUUGGCGCCGUAUUUCAUUGGAGAUGUAGUUCCAGAAGAGCAUCGCAAAUAUGCGAACGAGCGAAACCCAGUCACACAGUACAUGAAAAGCAAAGUUAUACCGUCUUCGUCUCCUAGAAGAAAGCGCAAUAAUAAAAAGAAAGUUGACAAAGUUUUUGUCGAGAAACUCACUGUGGUAUUGUUGGUCUUUCUUGCCGUCUUGUCGUUCGCAUUCUAUGUCAGUCUUCAGAAGUUUAAGUGGUCGCCAUAA